AUGGUAUCCAUAAAGACGGCGGUAUUUCACUUUUUAAAGCCAUACUACUUGAGUAAUGUUCUGCUGAGCUUAGCGUUUGUUUUGGCCAAAAGCAUUCCUGGAGUCAAUGAAGCCAUAUUCGGAAAGGGUCAGACAGAACUUGACCAUGUAAGUAGCACGGUUAAAUUGCUAUUCUUAUUAACAGUAAGACGAACUGGAAAGAAUAAUUUGUAUAGUUUUAUGCACUUUCAGAGGUCAACUGAGAUCUUGAUGUUCCUUGGGGUGAUAGUUGUGUGGAAGAACCGAAAAGCCACCAACUGGAUGCACUAUCUGAAUACAGUAUUCACUUUCUCCAAACUCACCAAUUCCUAUUUGUUCUUCAGGGAAAAUCCGCUUGUUUCCAUUAUUUACUCUUUGGCAGUUAUAUGUAAGUCUUGUUAUCUAUAAUAAUGUAUCAUUUCCAAAUUAGAUAUUUGUUAAAUCCUUGAAUUUGCUUUGAAUUUUCUAAAAAUGUGAUGUGUUACAGUACAAUGGUUCUUUAUGGCCGAGCCAAUGAUGGUAGAAUCCGUCAAUGUAAAGGUCUUUUCUGGAUCACAGUUACACGACGCCAUUGAAGCUGACCAUAAUAUUGUUUGGGUGGUGCAGUUCUACAGUGUUUGGUCUACAGAAUGCAAAUAUCUCACUCCUGUGUUCUCAACUUUGGCUGACAAGUAAGAAUUUUUGCCUAUCAGGAAGCAUAAUAACUUUAUUAGUGACACUGUACCAGACUUCGCAUAUAUAUACCUUUGUAGAUUUUAAAAACGAUAUAUUUCAUCUUUAGAUACGCCCUUCCCAAUCUCAGAUUCGCCAAAUUGGACGUCGGUCGAUAUCCGAAAGAAGGCGAACGCUUCAGAAUCAACACUCACGCUCUCAGCAAACAACUUCCCUCGAUAUCAGUGAUAAAGAGCGGUCAACAAGUGAAUAGAAGGCCGAUGAUUGGAGAGAACAAACGAGCCAUUCCUUUCAAAUUCACAGAAGAAAACUGCAUCCGAGAGUUUGAGUUGAACGAGCUCUACAAGGAGUGUAAGGAGAAGAAGAUAAAGAAGCAGGGCAAGAAGGAGCAAUAG